UCACAGGACUGAAGAAGUUUAACAACAGCGGAGAUGCAGAUGACCUACCCCCAGCUGACAGAUGCUGGUCACAUUAGCUUAAACAUCGCACGACGAUAAAUACCACGCUUCUCCCACUCCAUCCACACAUCACACAACGAUCUAGCUCGAUCUACUGAGACUCGACACGAUCACACGAGGCGCACAGGCAAACAACACUACAACAGGUGUCAUCCAUUGCUCUGCCAAGAGCCCAAGAGCACCAUAAAUCCAUGAUGCUUUCCCUUGUCCUCCUCAUGGCGCUGCUGCUCUCGUGCAGCAGCAUUAGCGGAGCGGCGCGGCUGCUGGAGGAGGUGGCGCCCAAGGAGGAGUACCCGCACCCUGCCACGCUGGAGCUGCCCAAGCCCGAGCUGCCGCCGCACCCCACGGUGCCGGAGCUGCCCAAGCCUCAGCCCUCAGAGCACCCCGCCGUUCCAGAGCUGCCAAAGCCCGACGUGCCGGCGCACCCUGCCGUGCCGGAGCUACCGAAGCCUGAGCUGCCUCCUCACCCCACGGUGCCAGAGCUGCCCUACCCGGAAGUUCCGGAGGUGCCAAAGCAUGAGCUCCCACCGAAGCCGGCCGAGAACCACUACCCAGUGCCAGAGACUAAGCCAUGAGCCCAUAUCGGACUGGAUGCAUCGUCGAUUCGUCGCCGCUGCCCCAGUAAUAAGCACGUUCUGUACUUCUGUGUAUGAUGGUGUAAUUAUUCGGGCCCAUUAGUUUGUCCUUUGGUGAUGACGUGAUGUACGAACAGGGCCGGUUCAGGUUUCA